AUGCAGUCGCUCGCACAAGAAAUAAAAUCCUUCUCCAAAGCUAAUUUGCGGAAACAAUGCACCAGAGUAACGACUUUGAGCGGCAGGCGGAUCAUUGAGACAUGGAAAGGCUCCACUGUACAUGUGGUUGAGGAAACAGUACAGCCUGAAACUGCAUGCGGAUAUAUUCAGGAUAAUAACUGGGACCUUCAAGUUGGAUAUAUUAAACCGUAUCUAUUACUUGGGUCACAAGAUGCCGCUCAUGACUUUGGCACUUUGAGGAAAUAUAAGGUCACACAUAUAUUAAAUGUUGCGUAUGGUGUGGAAAAUGCAUUUCCUGACCUGUUCAUCUAUAAAACACUGAGCAUACUGGAUCUACCUGACACUAAUAUCACAUCAUAUAUCGAGGAAUGUGCACAAUUUAUCGACCAGGCUAAAGCUGAGAAAGGAGUUGUACUUGUCCACUGCAAUUCUGGAGUUUCACGUUCUGUUUCGGUCGUCAUUGGAUAUCUGAUGUUGAAGGAAAAUCAGCCAUUUGGGGACACGUUUGCGCUGGUGAAAUCAGCUCGUCCGGCCUCAUGUCCAAAUCCAGGUUUCAUGGAACAGCUGAAAAACUUCAGACCACAUGGUUCUGCACAAGCAAACGGUUUGGGUCAUGAUUGAACAUUAUUCUACAGCUGCACCCAUUCAAUUUCAAAGGGAAAGUUCACCCCAAAAUUAAGAUUCUGUCAUUAUUUCCCCACCUAAUACCUUUUUAAAGCUUUUUUUUAGUUGGUCUCAAAUGGUGAUAUUUAUAGAUAAUGUCCAAGCUGCUCUUUUCCUUACAGUAAAAGUGAAUGGGGACCAUGGCUUUAAGAUUUUUGAGGAAUGUUUGAGGUGGUUUAUUCCAUACACUUAGCUUAAAAUUCACAAAACAAGUAAUAUGGUUUUGGAAUGAUAUGAAGGUGGUAAAUAAAGACAGAAUUUUACUUUUUUUAUGAACUGUCCUUUUAAAGCAACCAGUGCUUCCAUCAUAGUUUCA